AUGGCUUCCUCGGUCAUCCCAGACAGCUUCUUAAGGGGAAACCCCGCAAAUGCAUCGCUCCGCCAGAUUGACUUCAUGGCCACCACACCGCCGAUUCCCGCGUAUAAAGGCUAUUUUGCUGCCAUUGUGGACAAUUUCAUGACCGAAUCCGAAUGCAAAGAGAUUCUUCGUCUAGCAGAAGUUUCCACAGCCCCAGAAAACCCCACAUCUGCAGCGACAUGGGAGCAGGCCAUGGUUAAUGCCGGAAAUGGACGCCAAGUCAUGUCCAUCAAUACACGCAAGAGCGGUCGCAUCAUCUGGGACUCGCCCGAGAUGGCGUCUCGAUUGCUGGACCGUCUGAUGCCUUUUUUGCGCGAGUGUCGCAUCGACGAGAUCGACAACCAACCCCACAUUACGGGUCUAGGGCCUGCAAAACGCAAUGAGGUAUACCAGGUUAGCGGGUUGAAUGAGCGCAUGCGCUUCUUGAGGUAUGAGGGCGGUGACUACUUCCGUACGCACUGGGAUGGGAGCUAUGUUACGCCUGAUGGAUCGCAGAGAUCGUUUUACACGAUUCACCUGUACCUAAAUGGUGAGGGUGAGCAGGAUAUGGAGGAAUUGCGGCCGCAUAUUGAAGCUGCUGAGAAGAAGAAUGGGCUGUUUGCCCAGGCCGGGGGAAGUGAUUUAAGGGAGAUUGGGGAUGGUGCAAUCGGAGAAACUGGUGAGGGCAGGGAUUCUUCUUCUGCCUGGAACGAGACACUCCUUGGCGGAGCAACAUCAUUCACGGACGGCUUCAUGGCGAAAGAUGCCGUGCGAGUCUUUCCCAAGACAGGAUCGCUUCUCAUUUUCCAGCAACGCAACUUGUUUCAUGCCGGCGACGAUGUCUUUCGGGGUGUUAAGUACACGGUGAGGACGGAUAUCAUGUACCGAAAAAAGGAGGCAUGA